AAUGAUCUUUGCGCUCAUGUACCAGAGAGUUUUGAUAGUUUGUUUGAUGUGAUACGAGAUGUUUAUAAUGAUCUCGUAGCUAAAGGACAGCUUAUUCCUAAACCUGAUAAAACUCCACCUACAGUCCCAAUGGAUUACAGCUGGGCACAGGAGCUCGGUCUUAUUCGAAAGCCCUCGUCAUUCAUGUCAAGCAUUUGUGACGAACGUGGAGCUGAAUUACUCUAUGCUGGCGUACCUAUUACAAAAAUAUUUGAGGAUGACCUUGGAGUCGGAGGAGUUCUUGCUUUGUGGUUUCAAAGGAGGCUUCCAGCGUACGCCUGUAAAUUCCUAGAAAUGUGUUUGAUGAUUACCGCUGACCAUGGACCUGCUGUCUCUGGAGCACAUAACACAAUUGUCACUGCUAGAGCUGGCAAAGAUUUAAUCUCGCUUGAAAUGUUGAUUUCUUGCACAAAAUUUUCAUUACUAACGCGUGGUGAUCGAUUUGGAGGUGCAUUGGACGCUGCUGCCAAACAAUUUUCUGAAGGAUCUGAUAGUGCAAUAACGCCAAUGGAAUUUGUAAACAAUUACAAAGAGUCUGGAAAACUGAUCAUGGGAAUUGGUCAUCGAGUGAAAUCGAUAAAUAAUCCUGACAAACGUGUUGUAAUAAUCAAGGAAUUUGCAUUAGCUAAUUUCCCCAUGAACGAAGUCUUGAAUUUUGCUCUGAGCGUCGAGAAAGUCACUACGUCUAAGAAACCCAAUCUUAUUUUAAAUGUCGAUGGAUGCAUUGCUGUUUGCCUUGUUGAUCUGUUGAGAAAUUGUGGAUCUUUCACAAGCUGUGUGCCUCUGUACAUUCAUAGAACAUUGCAUAAAUUACGUAUUAUCUACAAAGACAGAGAACGCUGUAUGAUCCUUGUACCUUAUAUAACUACCACAAAUAUUGCGUUGAAAAUGUUUGAAUUUGUUUGCUCACGAGUAAAUUUAUAUUCAGACAUAUCUAUUUCUGUAAACUUCAACGGUUAGCAAAACACUAACCGUUGAAGUUAGUGUUCGAGCAUUGACCAUUUAUAUAACGCCUGUUUUUCAUUGUGUGUAAACAGGUCGACUGUUACAGGGACUGAAGAAGCUCUUUUAGCUGCGUACGUCUUCCCUCACUGUUUAUAUUUUCUAUCGAUGAGUUGAUGCAUCCCUAAAAUAUGAUAAAAUUAUCUGGAAUAUGUUGCUUUUAAAUUAUUUGCGUAUUUUGCGACAGCAAAUGUCUACAUAACAAAAUACCUCCUUUAUUAUUACUCUUGCAAACUCUAACAAAUAUACGCCGCAAUCGUGA